AUGGCCUGCCUUGAAGAGUGGUUUGCUUGUGCGUUGUGUCUCGGCUCCAGGCGAACAAUUGAGACAACCCUCUGCGACUUCGCCCUCUGCCUGCUGCACAACAUGGUGCGUGCUGGCCCUUUCCUCGCUUUGCUCCUGUGGAGCUUUCCUUGGAGAAAUUGUGCCUGGGAUGAGGAGAAUGACACGAAGGAGGAAGGGACGACAUCGGCCUCCUCGUCAACCCCGGCGACAUCAUCUUCAACAUGGACGAGGCCCUCUACCUUCUGCUCGGCUCCAUACACCUACAACGAGUACAUGCGGUUCAUGGCGAAUGCAUGGGAUGAAGAGAUCGCUGUGGCAGAACAGCUGGAGAAUUAUGAGAAUGUGGUCGAGCCUCUGCAAAUCCAAGCAAACAUCCCGCAGAGCCCACCGCCGCCGGAAACUUUGCCCACAAAAUGCUGGCACUUCCUCCUCCUCGUCCACCUGCCCCGGGACUUCCUGGAGUCACCGGAACAGUUCCUGCUCUUCUACCCCCGGCGACCCUACAUCUGCCUCUUUGUCAACCUCCUCGUCAUCUUGGAGAAGCUCAAGCGGGACACCAACAACGGUUCAAUCGCACACGACCUGGACGAGACCGAUGGCACAAUGCAAAUGGGAGUGUACGUAGUAGACUCCAAGAACGGCGAGCUCAAGAACUACGACUUGGACCAAUUGAAGAGGAUGAAUCACCUUUUGUAG